AUGGAACCGCAAACCCCCAGUCGAGCGCCCAAGGCAGAGGCUAAGAAAAUUGCCAACAUCAUCCAAAAACGGGCCGGCUUUUCUUACAUCAAAUACACUGGCCCCUCUGUUUCCGGCAAGACUGCGGUCAUUGCUUUCGAAGCUGCCGAGGAGUCCCUGAAGUUGGGCAUCAUGCCAAUCUUUAUUAUGCAGUCCGAGUUGGAAUUCAUCUUCCUCGGCGACCUUUUCAAGCGCAUAACUGGGGCGGCAGUAAUGACGUGGGACUCCCUCCAUCAGGACCCAAAUCAAAUGGCGCAACUUCUGGAGUGGAUAUCGCUCGGUGCUUCGUUGAUUAUCAAGUUCAACGGCCAACGGAUCAUCGCCUCCGACUUUGGACAAGCUCGCAUUUGCGACUUGAUUUCACGCCAGAUCGCAAGAAAGAACGACUGGGGUUUCAACCUUGUCGUCAUCGCCUCCUUCGAGAUCCCGAGACACCACCCUCUUGGUAGAAUGCCAGUGGAGUCGACAGAAAUGGGCAUGGACUGCGAUUCUUCGAUUGCAAUCGAGAAGGGUCUUGUAAUUCGCAAAGUCGACUGUUCGGGAUUGGAUUCCUGGAAUAGGUACUUGGUCCAACUGAUCACUCAGGUACAGGAAAGCGGAACUUCCAACGAGGGGGGCUCGACGACGAUUAUCUGCUUUGCCCCCCAAGUGGACAUCCAAGUUGCCAUUGAACACGCCGCAAGCCUCCGUUGGGCCGUGCAUGAGCUACAAGAUACUGCGAGCAUAGGGGAGUUCCGGGAUCUGAGCUUCGGCCAGUCCAAGCGGAACGCGCUCCUCUUUGUCGGUUGGUCGUCUCAUCUAACAGAUGGCAGCGUCAGGUUGCCGGGUCUCAAACACAUCCUCAUGGCCGAUUCUCUACCGACAGUCGUGUUUGAUCCCAUCAUGGGCGAGCCAAUGGAGCGGAACCACCCACUCUCACGGCGGGAACUAUACAAUCAGGUGGCAUUCGCACACAAGAGCACCACCCCAGGGGAUGUCCAGCUUCAUCACCGUUUCGAUUUGGACGAGGCGCUCGAUACCAGACCUUGGGACCCCCUUCCCGCAACAGAGAACGAACACGGUUUCGAGUGGCUGUACAACUGCGCGUACCAAUGGCCAGACGUUUCAGACAAGCCAGUAGAGACUUGGCCAGUCGCUGACAAGGUGGCGAUGGUCGGAAUGGCGACGCAGCUCAAAUGGAUGCAGAUUAUCGAGGGGGGUGUCGAACAAGGCUACAGGUUGAAAGAAGGCUGGUCCGGAGACAUCCAACACUUCCUGCGCGGUGGCUCAGUCGUCCCGGACGGGGUGACAUUUAAUGCCGCCGCCAUGCUCGCCAACGUCUGUCAUGCUUUCAAGGCGAAGAAAAUUGACAAGCACGUGGCUAGGGUCGCCAUUCGUCUGGCAGUCAUCUCAUCCCUUGGCUUUUAUCGGGAGACCGAGAGCACAGCGAAUAUGGUACAGCACGACGGCACCAAAAUGUUUUCCGAUAGCCUCCGUCAACAGAUGAGCAAGGCAUUGCCCGGAGUCUCGAGUGUCCUCUUCGACCAGGGGGCGUUGUGGACGGUGCUUGGGCUAUGGGAGAUGUGUCGGAUAAAGACGUUGAACUUCACGUCGGCCCGACAUGCCAGCCUCACUGUCACAGCUCAAGCGGAUUACCUCAUAGAUGAGUACCUUGAAAUGAAUGCGGCAGUAGCCGGAAGAGUCUGGGUCGUGGUUCAGCAGGUCGAAGCGCACUUGCGCAUGGCGCCGAUCGGGCUGGGAGACGGCCUGCCGGUGCUCGAUCUUUCCGGAAUCCAACAAGUCGAAGUGUUUAUUGCACAGAGCUGGAUACCGAACCUUCUUUACAGCAAGGUGGGCACUGACUGUCGGGAUGCCGUCACCCUUGUUAGUAAUCACUUGGUGACAACGGACCAUUAUUGCAACCUGGAUUUGUUCCACAAGCUCCGCGCGGCCGGCAGAAUCCCAGACGACGGCUUCUUCAUCCUCUACCGGCAUCUACAGUGGAAUCAUGUCGAAGGCGACACAGAUUUUGUUUCAGCCGAGUGUUCGACAAUCAUUUCGGCAAAGGCUCUAUGGGAGGCCGUGGGAGACAGGUCACUACACGACCUCCGAUCAAAGUACCCCAAUGUUUGGCCGGAACCCAGAGAUUGA